AUGGAGGAUACUCCUGCUGAUGGUGGUGGUGCAGCUGCUGCGGAGGGCCCCGCCGUGCAGGUGUCGGAUAUGUGCUCUCCGAUCGGGGCUCUUCCUCUCCGGCUUCUGGAGUGGAAAGUCAAGCCCGGGUCUCUGGUUAACGUGGACUCCGUGCUGGCUUUAUGCGCCCCCAUGGCUCAGGAGAAGAGGACGGAGGCUGUCAGGUUGCCCGAGAGGAAGGUGAAAUCGGACCGUGCUGGAGUGGUGAAGGAGCUCGGCUGUCAAGUUGGACAAAUCAUUUCUCCUGGGAGCGUCAUUGUCAGAAUUGAAGAAUGCAGCCAUCCCAUCGUCAUGAAGGGUUUGUGUGCUGAAUGUGGACAGGACUUGACUCAGCUCCAGGGGACAAAUGGGAACCAGCAAGUUCCCAUCUCCACAGCAACAGUCUCCAUGGUGCACAGUGUCCCUGAACUGAUGGUCAGCUCCGAGCAAGCCAAACAGCUGGCCAGAGAAGACCAGCAGAGACUGCACCGGAACAGGAAGUUGGUCCUCAUGGUGGAUCUGGACCAGACGCUAAUCCAUACCACUGAGCAGCACUGCCAGCGCAUGUCCAAUAAGGGCAUUUUCCACUUCCAGCUCGGGCGAGGAGAGCCCAUGCUGCAUACACGGCUACGCCCACAUUGCAAGGAGUUCCUGGAGAAAAUUGCCAAACUCUACGAGUUGCACGUCUUCACGUUCGGGAGCCGCCUGUACGCUCACACCAUCGCUGGCUUUUUGGAUCCUGAAAAGAAGCUUUUCUCUCACCGAAUCCUUUCCAGAGAUGAAUGCAUCGAUCCGUUCUCCAAGACGGGGAAUCUUAGGAAUCUUUUCCCCUGCGGGGAUUCGAUGGUCUGUAUCAUCGAUGACCGGGAGGAUGUCUGGAAGUUUGCACCAAACCUCAUCACUGUGAAGAAAUACAACUACUUCCAGGGCACUGGGGACAUCAACGCUCCACCAGGAUCACAAGAGGCUCAAACGGCUCGGAAAGGAGGCCCUUUAAGUCGGCCAGCCGAGAGCACAGAACAAGUAGGUGCUGAUGAGCACAAUAAUGGCCUCAGGAAAAAAGCAAAGGACUGCAGUGUGGGAAAAGAAGAAUCCGUCAUACCUCAGCCUUCUCAGGUAGAACCAGUGACACAAAGUGACACAGGACACAAUCACGGGUCAGAAGCUGGUCAGAAAGGGUCAGAGUCUGCGAUGGAGUUGAUGGAAUCUCAGGUGGGGGUCGAAACAAACAUUAAGGAAGACACUGAUAACGGGACAGAAGCGGCACAGGAAGGUGCAAACUCUUCAGUGCCGAGCCGUGAGAACAAUAACUUGGAUUUUGACCUUUCUAGUGACAGUGACAAUGACUCUACAACAGAAAAACCUCGCUCAUUGAACAGUGGUGGUGAAGGCAAGUCAUUGCAGACAAAGGAACCUGUAGUGGAACGAGAAGGACAAGAAACCACCGACAGGGAUGCAGCUAAAGAAAAGGACAAUAACGUUUCUUCUGAAGUAGAAAAUAGUUGUGACGUGUCAGAACCUUCAGCUGUUGUCCCCUCUGACCCUGAGCUUGGAAAUGGUUGUUUAGAUCGGAGAGAACCAGAAACUGAAUCCCAGAAUAGUGAACAAUCUGGAGUCACUGUGGGCGGAGAGCUGCUCGAUCAGAGCAUGGAAGACGAGGAGGAAGAAGACGAAGCAGAUAAUGACCAGGACGAUCACCUCAUAUACCUGGAAGAAGUGCUGGAAAGGAUCCACACUGAGUACUUUGCCCGCUAUGAGACCUACCUGAGGAAGGAGACCUCUGAAAUGCCAGACAUUCGUAGGAUUGUUCCCGAGCUGAAGAGCAAGACACUGGAGGGCACGAUGCUAAUGUUCAGUGGUCUUUAUCCAACUAACUACCCCAAGGAGAGGACUCGGGAGUACUACCACGCCAAAGCACUGGGAGCCAAGGUGGGCAAGAAUCUGAUUCUAAACCCGCAAGACCCGAAUCGGACAACCCAUCUCAUAGCAGCACGAGCAGGAACAGAAAAGGUGCGUCAGGCUCAAGGCUGCAAGCAUCUCAACGUGGUCAGCCCUGAGUGGCUGUGGAGCUGUCUGGAGCGCUGGGAGAGGGUGGAGGAACAGCUGUACCCUCUGAAGGAAGACAACUCCAAGACACCAAGAAGCAACAGCCCUGCUGCUUUUCUGGACAACCAGGGCUCCCUGCAGAAACAAGUUUUCCAGCCGGCUCCCGUCCACCCCAAACCUCCACCAGCAGCACCGGAGGUUCGAACCUAUGACCCUGUGACAGGAAAGCUCAUCCGCAGGGGCCCUCAGGUGUCGUGUCCGCCCCCUUACCUGCAGCACUCACUGUCUGAUCCCAGAGAUCCGUCUGCUCUAAGAGGAACUCCUCAAAGUCAGCAAACUGUGACGGCAGCAUCCAGCCAGGUCGAUGAGCAGCCGGGCCCUUCUCGUCGUAAACGGCAGCCGAGCAUGUCCGAAACGAUGCCUCUGUACACGCUGUGCAGGGAAGAUCUAGAAAGCAUGGACAAGGAGGGGCCACAAACGAAAGCGUGACAAAGAAAGAGAGGAGGAAGACGUGGACACUGAUGAUGUAGAGAACAAACAGCAAGGAGAUGACUCAGCUGAAUCCUCCAAAGACUCUAACGAGGAAGAAGAAGGUAGCAGCUCGGAGGCAGAUGAGAUGGCUGCUGCCUUGGAGGCUGAGCUGAUUGAUUUUAUGUGACAAGAACAAAAAAAAAAAACAAGUCGCUGUCUCUACAGGUGGUACUUAAAAGAUGUUUGUUCUGGAAUCUGUGUAAUUAGGAUGUGUAAGCCAUCGGUGUGUCAUAAAGAACUGAAUGUCCUUCACAGAAACGUGUUGCUGUGUACAUAAAGGCAAAGGUUUUGUAGCACUUCUAUAGAGACUUUUUGGCAACAACUUUUUCAUUUUAUUGUAAAAU